UUGUAAGAGAGCGUCCGCGAGGCAGGCAGGCUGCCGGUUUAUUCCUGAUCGAAUGUUUUUGUACGUCCGCCGCGCAAUCCUAAUUGAAUUCGCUGUUGGCAGGCGAAGUUGCACCGGGAGAGCCGUAUUAUACGUAGAGAAUUUCUCAUUCUUUUCUCAAAACUUGCGUCCGUCCUCUCGGUUUCUCUUCGAGAUCAAAAUACGUGGUUCCAAAGUGGACCUCUCGAGUUUGGAAAGAAUCGCGAUGCAGGAAUUGACGUCAUUUUUCCCGUACAGCUGAUUCUGCAAGGAUUAUAAAAAUAGUUUAUAAAAGAUAAAAUUAAAUAAUCGAAGGAAUUUAUGAGGUACUUGUAUAAAAGGGAUUCGUACGUGAUAUUCCGUCAUUGGAUGUUUCUGACCGUGCCUUUAAGAAUUUGUGACCAUUCCGCAACAUGUUCACGGUCGUACUGGAAGAAGCGUACCGGAAGAAGAAGGAUAAAGUAGAGGAGGAAGACGGAGAGGCUUUCAGCUGCGUAGGAUAACAAUGGACUACUUGUUGGAGGUAGUCCGUUCCACUGAUACAACGGUUAUACUAUUGAUUAUUCAUUGAGGAUAGACGCUCUUGAAGAGAGUAUCGGCGAUUCGGAAGAUCCAUCUAAAAAUAGAAUUCUAAUUCUAAUUCUAAUUAUAUAUUUCCGAUUAUUGAUGAACGUGAACUUUUCUUAUACAAUCUGGGGAAAACUUCCGCUUCGUCGCGUCGUAAACUUCUUGCAUAUGUAACAUGAAGUUUUAUAAAAUCAUGAGUUCGUGGUAACAUCAUCGAGGCAUCACGAUAAUAAAUAUAAAAAUAUAAAGGAAAAGGGAUGAAAUAAAAAUUUAUAUUUUAUAUCAAAGAGAUGCGUCCCUUUUCCUCUUAUUUUUCUUUCAGUUAAACAUUCAGUGUUUCCUCGAUGUGCUUAAACUUGAACGAAUCUUAAGUAUUAGAAAAUAUGUGUAUAGCAAUUUAUAAGUAUUUUGUAAUGUGUAAGUUGAGCGUAGAAUGCAAAUGUGAGAUGUGGUGAAUUUACGCAACACGGAAGUAAAAUUCAAUUGUCGGCAAGAUAUAAAGAACGAAUGGGGAAACUGCACAGAAAACCGACAAUUAAAAGACGUUAAAAAAACUGGUUCUCCGUCAAGACUUCUUUUCACUUUUUUCUUGCUAAUUUGAAUUUUGAUUUCCGUGUAUUCCUAUAUACACUUUUUCAAGUUUCCAAUCAAACGAUUUAAAAAUGGAUUCUGCAAUUAUGUGCAUCCGAAAUUAAAGAGAAUUAAAAUUCUCGAGAUUUAUUUAUUGCAAAAAUGAAUACGUAAUUGAAAUUUUUAUUUUUUUACUGUGAAUGCCUAAUUUAUAAUAUUAGAAGUUCCAUAAUCCUCUCUCUUGCCGUAUUCUUGCAGUUUAUUAUAAGUCUAAAUUCGAUCAAUCGGUCCAUUUUUAACUCGUAUAUUAAAUAGUAAGAAAAUUAUUCAAGAUGAUUAUGACUUAUACAUGUAAAACUAAAUAUUCUUCAAGACUUAUUUUUCCAAGAUAGUAACCCAGACAGCACCAUGUCUAAAAUUGGCGCAUAAGAUAUCUUUAACAAAUUCUGAUAUUAUAUCCAAAAGAUAUCUUAAAGAAGUUUUAUAUGCGCCAAUGUUGAACAUGGUGCUGUCCGGGAAGAAACGGGAAAAAGCGUCCGAAGCAUGUACGAAAAAGCGGAGAGCGAUGGCUGUUUGCGUUGUGCACGCAGCCUUAUUCCGUUCGAACUCGCUCUCCCCGGCGUGCUCCCGAGAGUCCGUCUGCGAGAUCUCUAUCUCGCUCUUCACGGAGAGGUCUCUCGGCCUCCCUCUCAUUGAGAGUCAGUCAGUCAGUCAGUCAGUCUGACGGAGCGACGCGGUUCGCACGCAUCGUACCGUACGCGACAAGCGUGCAGACACGCACGCGAGGAUUCAUCUCUUUCGAAGCGAUAUCAUAUAUAUAUACAAAUCCUUCUUCUCUCCGCUUCCCCUUAUCAAUCGAGGGGGUGGACAACCGCGCAUUGAAAUCACUUCGUCAUCGGGGAGGGGAGGGUAGAAAAGAGGAUCCUCUCCUCCGCACCGUGGGUUACGUCCGAGGUGACCCCGUGAAAUCCCAGAUUUCACACGCGUCGAAGCGGACGGCACGCGAGCUCCGCUUUCAGGGGAGAGAUAAGCGACCGGGGAAACGUUGCCCUCUGCGUUACCUAUCCUAUCUGUAUCCUGUUUCUUUUUUUUUUUUUUUUUCGACGACUGCCAGAGGGAAGGAGCGGUCUUCCUCUUCUUCCUCCUCCUCGCACCGGUGUCGUGCGUGCAACACCUGGCGGUGGCACCAAGCGGUCCUCGUCGCGGACGAUUAUUAUGCGAUCGGCUGCGGCCGCCCUGGCCGCGGUGACGGCGCUCGUCGUUCUACUCCUGGACGACGCGCUCGCCCGGCACAAGAACCGCUCCGGGAACGGCGCCCAAAAGCCGUCCGAUAUCUCUCUCUGGAUCAAUCAGCAGCAGACGAAGAUGUUGAGCGGACUGGAGAUAGAAAUAUACGCGAUCGCGGAGGGUAGAGUAAUCAGUCACCUCUUGGAUCCAGAAUUCGAGAGUAAACUGCCGAUAAUUCCAAGUGAGGUGUCGCACGUGAACUUCACGUGGAAGGCCGGGACUAAAAAGUAUUAUUACAAUUUUUUUCGCUUGAAAUCGUUCGACGAGAGCAUUCUCAAAACUCCAUCCAUCACGAUUGAGACCAAAGGACGAGUGCCUAAGAGACCGAAAGAGUUCAGUGUUCUGCUACCUUGCGCCGGCAAGGGAAUAGCGCAAUUCGGGAUCGGUCUAAUGAUCGAGUCGCGCAACGGGAUACCUCUGAACGGGACGCCGCUACGUUUCCGUUUGAGAAAAGAAUGCAGCGUGCGCGGUGAGUCCGUCAGUCGCGCCCACGAUCACCACCUCUUCGCUCGCACAUACAAACCUAAUCCUGGUCCUUGUCCGGACGGUUACCUGGGGCCGCCUCAUUGUAACAAAGCGCUUUGUUAUCCAAAAUGUAUGCAUGGUGGAAACUGCACGGCACCAGGUGUAUGCUCGUGCCCGCCAGGAUAUCAGGGACCCUACUGUGAAGGAGGUAUAACGAAUUGUAUAGGUCACUUAUACAAUACAUUUUUUCCCAUCUCACUGGCAGUCUGAUUUUAUUAAAUCCAUAAAUUCUCUUUUAAGCUGACGUCAUAAUAGAUCUUUUCAUAUCCAUUUCCUCUAUGUAA